AUGGUAAGCGUAAAUUUUGAAUCCACCGCGGUACAAAGACCACCAAUUGUAAUCUACUCCCACGACGGAAGUAAAACGGAACAAAAACAUGCUCUUCCAGCCGUAUUCAGAGCUCCUAUUCGUCCGGAUAUCGUGAACGCGGUUCACACAAGCAUCGCAAAGAACAAACGUCAACCUUAUGCAGUAUCAAAGAAAGCAGGACAUCAGACUUCCGCCGAGUCUUGGGGAACAGGUCGUGCGGUUGCUCGAAUUCCUCGUGUUUCGGGUGGUGGUACUCAUCGUGCUGGUCAGGGUGCUUUUGGUAACAUGUGCCGAGGUGGUCGCAUGUUUGCUCCAACUAAAAUCUGGCGUAAAUGGCAUGUCAAAACAAACCUAAAUCAAAAACGUUACGCUACCGCAUCCGCACUAGCAGCAUCAUCAGUCCCACCACUAGUCUUAGCACGCGGUCACAGAAUCGAAGAAAUUGCCGAAAUCCCACUAGUGGUCUCCAACGACAUCGAAUCCUUGGCAAAGACCAGAGCAGCUGUGGCUCUUUUAAAAGCCGUAAACGCUUACCGAGACGUCGUAAAAGUAUCAAAUUCGCGUAAACUACGUGCCGGUAAAGGUAAAAUGCGAAAUCGUCGACACCGUCAACGUCGUGGUCCACUUAUUGUGUAUAACGAAGAUCAUGGGGUGGUAAAAGCGUUCCGUAAUAUCCCGGGCGUGGAGUUGGUCAAUGUUCGACAUUUGAAUUUACUUUUGUUGGCGCCAGGUGGACAUUUGGGUCGGUUUAUCAUUUGGUCGCAUGGCGCUUUUGCGUUGUUGGAUGAUUUGUAUGGAACUUAUCAGAAGCCUGCUUCUCUCAAGAAAGAUUAUCGUUUGCCAUCACAUAUCAUUUCCAGCAGUGAUGUCACACGCAUUAUCAAUUCCACAGAAAUCCAAUCUGUACUUCGACCAGCCGGCGAGAAGCACCAAAAACGACCAUACACUCAAAAGAAGAAUCCACUACGAAACAACGGCGUGCUUAUUAGACUUAAUCCGUACGCUAAAGUGUUACGUCGUGCUGAAAUUCUGAAUGCUGAGAGACGUGCUGCCAACAAAAUUACAAAGAAGAAACGGCCGUCCAAGUCCACGACUAAAGCUUCCAAAAAAAACCAAGACCCAAAGUUUUCUUUUGCCCCUAUAACUUCAACUUCUUCCUUUCCAACACAGACACCUCAAACAUCGCCUCCACCACCAAAACCAAUACUCACAAGUGACAAUCUCUUUUACCCACUUUCCCGAUCCCCAAUACCAGACAUACAAAAUCGCGCCAAAAUUAUAAACACGUAUGGCACGUGUCCUAUCUGUAUUUCGCAACCGCAGCAGCAGCAACGACAGUCUAUUUAUGAGUGUCCCGGCUGCGGGUAUCCUACUCACUGUUCAAAAGAACACUAUGAACAGGAUAUAGAGGAGCACCGGAAGGUUUGUGUUUGGUUAAGAGAGGCUAACGAGGAUGAACAUGAUUUGAGAAGCGGGCGAAAGAUGACGGAAUUCGAUUUUCCAGGUGAACAGGAUCUAGAUCAAAGAGUUAAUAUGCUCACAUGGGAUACAUAUUUCUACACGCGUAAUUUCCCAAGCUUGGAUGAAGACCGCUCACUAAGACAUGUUACUAAACCUUUAACAUACCCAGUUACUAUGGCGUCAGUUUUACAUGAAUCAGGACCUUAUUCACUUCGUAAUCGGUUGACGAGCGAAGGGUUAAAAUCUUUGAUUGCACUUCAGUUAGAUCAAGUAAUUCGUAUAAUGGUGGUUGGAGCUCGAGCGGAAGCUCAAUUGCCCGCCGACGUAUAUAACGAAAUAUGCCAUCUCUUUCCCGACAACACCUUUCACAUACACUUUAUCGGGCCUGAAUCUUUACCACCACCUUCGUUUUCACCAUCACCACCACAACAGAAUAGGGAUGAGGAAAAGGGGGAAAAAUUAUCACCAUUUUCAACUAUAACAAAACAUUAUGGUCCACGACUAAGUUUCACUUGGGCCAAACAAAUGUAUCACGAUUAUCACGAGAGUAUGCAUCCAUUUGAUCCAUACACCGAUGUUUUCUUUCUGUUUAGUCCUGGAUUUGCGCAACCUAACGGGAAAGAUUUUUGGGGGAAGACGUUAAAAAAAAUGUUGGCUACAAAGUGUGCUAUUUUUGUGACUGGCUAUGAUGAAGAGGAUAUGUUGAAAGGGGAUGAAACUCAACAAGAAGCUGAUACUAAUAUGGAUCAAGAUAGUGAUUUAAAAAAUAAUAUAAAGAAAGAUAAAACUGUACCCGAACUCGAUUGGUUAUUAACACCAGGUAGGAAUGUGUUUCGUAGUCUGAAGCGUGACAUUGAUUUACAAGAUGUACGAAAACAUAUUUUCACAAAUUGGGGAAUUUAUGGUAUACGUGGGAAACGUGGAACGAGAGCGGAAGAGGAUGAACGUGACGAAGUGGCAGUCGAGGAAGCCUCUCCCAUUACCACUCAUCCCUGUUUCCAUGUUCACAGUCCUUUACCACGUGUUGUCACUCCUCCCCCUCAACAUGACUCUUUCUAUUUGCACAGGCUCAACGACCACGAACACCUGAACAUCUUAUUUCCGUCAAAUGCUCUUGUUGCAGAUGAUGAACCUCCGAUAGAGUGGGAAUUCAACACAAUGAUUAGG